AGAACGUGAGACAAGGACAGGUCAGGAUUAUUUAAACAACACAGUAAAAUAAAAGGAAACUCUCUAAUUUCCAUGUGACGGACUGAAGAGACCUUGCUCAGUUGUCGUUCCAGUCACGGUUCCAGCAACAUUAUGAGCUUUAGCUCUGCACAUUAUAUUAACAAUGAAUAUGCUACUGCAAAACCCAUUCUUUUUGUGGAUUUCAGUUGGAUGUCUAUUUCUACCUGAGAAGUCUGAGGCCUGUCCAAACAAUGGCCUGCCAGCACAGUGUGAUUUUGUUUCAGGAAAUGUCUGUUUGGAGCUUGCUGGGGAAUCAAAAACCUGGUCUGAAGCCAGGAGCAGCUGUGGCAAGAAGGGAGGGAAGCUCCUGAAGAUGCCGAACAGUUCGAUCAAGAUCUUCCUGAGUGGCAUCACCAAAGAGGGAAACACCAGCAAUUUGACUUGGUGGAUGGGAGAAAGAAUCCAAGUUGAUCACCGGCAGCCCACUUUAAAUUUUUCAAGGACCCUUUGCACAUACAUGAAGCUGAAUCCUGUUCAGUACCUAACAUCUGACUGCAGCAAGAAACGAGGAUUUCUCUGCAUCCACACAUUGCUCUCACCAUCAAGCACAAAGACAACAACCAUGUCCAAUAAUCCAUCCAAAUCUCGAUUCAAAAGGUCUGUAGAUGACAUGUUAUUAGUAGUUGGAAACAUUAACAAACUUCUCGGGGUUGCAACCACAGCAUUGCUGGACAUGGAAAAGACUGCAGGCGAGCCGACAAAUGAACACAGAGACAAUUUUGUUCAAUCUUUGCUGACUGGCACAAAACUACUGACCAGAAGUUCUGUUAACCUUAACAUAGUCAACACCAUCUUAAAUUUAAGUACUGGCAUUAUGAUUUUCUCAAUGAAAAAAUGUGAUAUUGAUACCAAUCCAAACCCUAACAAUUUCUUUGAAAACGUCUUUCAGAUUAUUCAGACAAUUUCUCUGCUAACUAGUCCACCACUCAAUCAGGACACUGUAACCAGGUAUUCAACGGGUGUCGUCUAUCAGAGCACCCGCAAACCUGCUGACCUCGGUAACAUGGUGAUUGGUUCAGAGAGUAAUGGGGGGUUCAUUAAGCUCCCUCCAUAUUCAGCACUAAAUCCAUUCCUUGCAAAGUACGACACCAUCGUUGCACAGAUGGCCACAUUCACAAGUAACCCUCACCCUUCGUAUGACAACAUAUCAGGAACUGUUUGCAACGUUUUACUCAGCGAUGGAACGUCGGACAUUAUGCUGAAAAACCUGUCCACCAUGAUAGAGAUCUUUCUGCAUCGUCCAAAUAGUUCAGCGCUGAUGAACUCUACUUUUGUGUUGGAGGAAGGCCAUAAAUCCCUGACUACAUUUAAUGUAUCAGACCCGCAGAUGACCAUCAUCUUUGAUGUGGAGCCCAGUGUCAAUGUGUCACUGAAUCUUACCUUGUCUUAUGGUUCACCCUCCAACUCUACAUACUUCAGCAACACGACCAUCUUGAACUCUACAAGGGGCUAUCGCUGGAUGAUAACCCCAGAUAUGCUCCAGCAGACUCCUGGGGUCUGGUAUGUUGAUGCCAGAUUCUUGAACUCCAUGCAAGGCAGAGGCGUACAAAUGACAAUCUCUUCUUUUGUGAGUAAGUGCCUGUACUGGCACACUGAGAAUAAUACUUGGAGCACUGAUGGCUGCAGGGUGGGAGAAAAAAGCACUCCAGAGCUUACACAGUGUCUGUGUAACCACCUAACUCUCUUUGGGAGCUCCUUCUUCGUGAUGCCAAACUAUGUUGACGUAUCUCGCACAGCAGAGCUGUUUUCCACCGUGACUCAGAACUAUGUGGUGCUGUCCCUGCUUUGCGCUUUCUUUGGCCUCUACCUGAUUACGCUUAUGUGGGCCUGCUAUGCUGAUCGCAGGGCCAGCUCUAAGAGGAAAAUUACUCUGCUGAUGGACAACCACCCUGCAGCUCAGUACAACUACCUGAUCGGUGUCCAAACUGGCCAUCGUAAGAAGGCUGGGACUUCUGCUAAAGUCUCAAUGAAGUUGAUUGGAUCAGAAGGAGAGAGUUGCACACACGAACUCACAGACCCUGACAAGAAAGUGUUUGAAAGAGGAUCCACCGAUAUGUUCGUUCUGGCUGCACCUUUCCCACUGGGAGAAGUGCGAAACAUCCGUCUGCAGCAUGACUGUUCUGGAGGCCAUCCGUCAUGGUAUAUUAGCAAGGUGACCAUACAAGACCUUCAAACUCGACACGUGUGGCACUUCUUCUGUAACUGCUGGCUGAGUGAUGACCGAGGAGACGGUAUGACCAAAAAAACCUUCAAUGCUGCCAAGAGCAAUGAGAUCACCUGCUUCAGGAAUAUUUUUCAAAGUAGAACAUCAACUGGUUUUAGAGAUGAACACAUCUGGGUGUCCAUUGUGGACCCUCCCUCUCGUAGCCCCUUCACACGUGCACAGAGGGUCUCCUGCUGCAUGAGCCUGCUACUCUGCACCAUGGCCAUCAACAUUGCUUUCUGGAACAUCCCUGUGGAUGCGAACUCACCAGUGAUCUUCUCAUUAGGAUCGAUGCAAAUCAGUUGGCAGGAGUUCAUGGUGGGAGUGCAGAGUGGUCUCCUUAUGUUCCCAAUCAACAUCCUCAUCAUCACCAUCUUCCGAAGCAUCAAACCUCGCAUGAGUUCCUCAAAAUCUAAAGGAGACACUGAGAUGAACUUGAGAUCCCCUGCAUUUACGAUUCCAGCGCUUCUCAGGAAUACAGAGGAGAUCAUUUCUCUCUUGAAAGGGAGUCCGAGAAACAAGAUGUCAGAUUCACAGAAGCUGCAGUCCACAGAUGACCUCUUGCCUGCCUUGGACAGUGUGCAUGGCUUGAUACAGAAUAUGCAAGGUGAGACUGAAAGCGACAACCACUUGGUGUUCUGCAGCAAAUUCCUCCUGGCUGGUCUUUGUCACAUCCUGGUGUGCCUGAAGAAACUAGACGGAAGCAGCUUCUCAGAUCCACAAUCCUACCAGCAGGUUCUCAGCCUCACAGACCUGAUGGUUCGCAAGGCUGAGAUGGUGUUCAGCAGCCACCUGGCCAACUGGUUGUCCAACUCACACACACACACACGCAUAUAUCUGUUUAAAGCAAAGCUAAUGUUUUACUCCAGUUCUAUCACCUUGAGUGUUUUUGCAUUUCUUCUUGGUCUCCCUCUUUUUUUGUGCAGCCCACCUCCUGUGAGGAAGCAGAAGAAGAAGUCGGCAGGUUGUCAGCUGCCCUGGUGGUAUGUGUUCCUGGGUUGGUUCCUGUUACUUUCCAUCAGUGGAAUAUCCACUUACUUCACCCUGCUGUAUGGUUUUGCGUAUGGCAAAGAGAAGUCCAUCAAGUGGGUCAUGUCUUUGGGCCUCUCCCUCUUCGAGAGCAUCUUCAUACUACAGCCUCUCAAGGUGAUCGGUGUCGCUGUGUUUUUUGCUAUUCUGCUGAAACCUGUAGCUGUGGAGGACACCGAGGAAGUGGAGCAAGUGCUGUUAGCACAAGAAGACAAGUGCAGACGGUACACUGGCAGAGCUACACUGUGAGGAUGCAACAUUUAGCAGGAUAUGCUGUCUUCACCUCAGCAUCCUCUUGCUUCUUUCACUCUCAUUUGCACUUACUAGAAAAUUUACUUUACAGAUAUCAAAUUACAUUAAACCUUCUGGUAUUUCCAUAUGAACUGAAUCUCUAGAUGUCUCUGUAAUAGUGAGUCAGAAUAAAUGGGUAAUUAAUUAACUCCUAUUGUAUGUAAAUGUGUCAAUGAAUAUAUACAUAUAUAGCUGCUAGCUUUGAACAGUUUUUAUUUAUUUGUUGACAUGUUGCUUAUAUAAUGUUAACUUGCAAAAUCAACCAAAUCCAUUUACAGAUGCUGUUGAAACUUUUAGAUUAGGUUGCUAAAUUUAUUGAAAAUUUUAGAUUGGAGUAGUUUUGAGAAGUAAUAGUUACUGUUAAUCCAGUUUUAUUGAGAAAUACUACAUUAACUUAACUGUUUCUUAACUGUUCUAAUCUGGGUUUAGUUGUUGCGUUAUCAUUGUGAAUGGCAUUUAAUGGCUCCUCAAUCAAACAAUAAAAACACAGGAUUCUUCAUGUUUCUGCAUGAAAAAUGGUUGAAUCUCUCAAUUUCUGUCAUAUGUGCAGAACUGUUUGCCACUUUAAACAUGUUAUGGUCAGGAUCCAAACAGCCCAGCUGCUGCCAGCUUACAUCACAGUGAGCAACACACAACCACUGACUGUCAAUGAAGACACACUUAGAAGGACAACUGGGAAGGUUCACUUAUGUAAUUCCACAUAUAGGGUCUAAUGGUUAAUUGAUUUUGUUUUAACCUGCCUCACUGUAAUACAUGCUGAGAGGGCAUCUUCUGCUUUUUCAUCAUUCAUGGCUGCUGCUGUGAGAUUCAGUCUGUCCUCCUUCUGAAUGAUUUAUGCAAAAGAUCCAGCCACAUUCAUGUUUCUGCUUUGGGUUUGGGGAUACAUGUAAUCCCAUUGACAUUUAACAGUGCUUUAUUAGAUAUUUUGGCCGAAAUUGUAAUCAUAAAUGACUUAUUUAUUUACUAGGAGUGUGUGAAUUGGAAUAAAAUUAUCUCUGUUGAAUUCUU